GGGGUGGGGCCUGGGAGGCCCAGGCCCCGCCCCACAGAGCUCGCCCCGCCCCGCCCCCUCCGCGGGGUCCUGAGCGUUAAAAGGCGCGCGGGCCCGGUCUCGCUGCACUUGCAUUGCACCCGGGCGGAGGGUGGCCGCGACGGGGCGGGCAGACUCGCGGGCGCUCAGAGCCGGCCUCGGGUCCUCGGCGCCAGGCGCUCGAACCCUUAUCCCGACCCCCACCCGGCCCGGGACCCGGACCCCAACCCCAACCCGACCCGGCCCGGUCCGGCCCCCGACCCCGACCCCCGGGCCGAUGGACUACUCCUACCUCAAUUCGUACGACUCGUGCGUGGCGGCCAUGGAGGCGUCCGCCUACGGCGAUUUCGGCGCCUGCAGCCAGCCCGGCGGCUUCCAGUACAGCCCCCUGCGACCCGCCUUCCCUGCGGCUGGUCCGCCCUGCCCCGCGCUCGGCUCUUCCAACUGCGCGCUUGGCGCUCUACGCGACCACCAGCCCGCGCCCUACUCGGCAGUGCCCUACAAGUUCUUCCCGGAGCCGUCGGGCCUGCAUGAGAAGCGCAAGCAGCGGCGCAUCCGCACCACGUUCACGAGCGCGCAGCUCAAAGAGCUGGAGCGCGUCUUCGCAGAAACUCACUACCCCGACAUUUACACGCGCGAGGAGCUGGCGCUCAAGAUCGACCUCACGGAGGCUCGCGUGCAGGUCUGGUUCCAGAACCGCCGGGCCAAGUUCCGCAAACAGGAGCGUGCCGCCAGCGCCAAGGGUGCGGCGGGCGCGGCGGGCGCCAAAAAGGGCGAGGCGCGCUGCUCGUCCGAGGACGACGACUCCAAGGAGUCCACGUGCAGCCCUACGCCCGACAGCACCGCGUCGCUGCCGCCGCCGCCCGCCCCCGGCCUGGCCAGCCCGCGUCUGAGCCCCAGCCCGCUGCCUGCCGCCCUGGGCUCCGGGCCCGGCCCUGGCCCCGGGCCACAGCCGCUCAAGGGCCCCUUGUGGGCCGGCGUGGCGGGCGGCGGGGGCGGCGGGCCGGGCGCGGGCGCGGCGGAGCUGCUUAAGGCCUGGCAGCCGGCGGAACCCGGGCCGGGGCCCUUCUCGGGGGUUCUGUCCUCCUUCCACCGGAAGCCUGGGCCGGCCCUGAAGACCAAUCUCUUCUAGCCGCCGGACUCUGGAGGCUCCGGGCCUGUCCCCCAGAGACGUCCUUGCCCCUCCAGGACCUGACAGAGUCCCUCCCCAUUCGGGCGCCCGCCUGAAGUGCCCAUCCGUCCCUACCCCUACCAUGUCUGACCCGUAGGUGUGCCCUCCCCAGCUUUGGAGAGAGAUCAAGUCAGAGACACUCUCCUCCUCACCUACCCUACCCAGCAGAGCGGGGUACUUUUCACUGGGGCCGCCCCCCUCCCCUCCCCACUUCCAGCUUGGUUUUCUUUGGAACCGGGAUGAAAUAACAGCGCUGGAAUGUGAGGGUCCUCAAGUUCAGUAACAGCCUAGCUCUGCAGCUGGCUGGGUCACUUAGCCACCAGCCUGCUGCCCUAGCCCCUGGGCCAACCCACACUGACCCCACCCGUUCUGGUCGUCGUUGGGAUAAUGAGCCGCCUGAAGGGUCCCACUGCCAAUUUGUCCCCUCCCAUUCCCAGCCGGUCUGGCGCAGAGGUUAGGCCGGUUCAGAGCAGAGGGGCUGGCUGCCAGGGCAUC